AUGAGCCUGGUUGCACCUGCGCGCAGAGGCCAGGGAUUUGGUGACAGCCCUCCUGUGCCCCGCUGCCAGUCAGAACCCAUCUCAGCUCGCAAAGGAAACCUCCUCCUAAAGCUCCCCUUAGUCUUCCAACGUGACGUGGGCAAGGAUCCUGAAGUUCUGAGCCUGGGGCUCCUUGGCCUGGACACCAACCGAGCCCCCAACUGGCCUGGGCUCCGGACGCUCCUGCAGCUGCUCCCUCCACAGGACAGCGAUGAGCGAUACUGCCUGGCCCUUGGGGAGGAGGAGCUGGCUGAGCUCCGGCUCUUCUGUGUCCAGCGGAGGCGGGAGGCCCUGGGACAGGGGGUGGCGUGCCUGAUGCCUCCCAAGCUCGAAGAAUGCACCUGUGAAAAGUGCAGGGAGCGCCCGAGGCCAGGGGAACACGGAGUGUUCCGCAGCCAGGGCAGGAGCCGCUGCUGGUACCAGGCUGGCUGUGCUUGCCAGGCCUGUGGCCAGGCCCUGAUGAACCGCAUCUACUGCGACCGCGACGACCUCUACUGCGGCCGUCAUCGUGCUGAGCCGCCGAGGCCACGCUGCCCUGCCUGUGGCCAGCUGAUCUUCUCCCGGCGCUGCACCGAGGCGGAGGGAUGGCGCUGGCACGAGAACCACUUCUGCUGCCAGGACUGCGCCGGGCCCUGGGGCGGAGGACGCUAUGCCCUGCCGGGGGGCCCUUGCUGCCCCAGCUGCUCUGAGAGUCGCUAUUCGGAUGCCGGCUGGAGCCUGGCCGCGACACGGGAAGGAAGGCCGUCCCUUGGGGAGGCAGGGCUCGGCAGGGCUGAAGGAGGGGACCGCGCUCCACUACCCUCUGCCACCAUCUCCGGAGCAGUCUUCGCCGCGGCUGCCAGCUCCAGUCCGGAAACCCAGAGGCGGCGGCUGGGAUCCAGGCGGGAGCAGGAGUGCCGAGCUGGGGACAAGGCUGAGGCACCCAAAGGACGAGAGCGGCCCCCGGAGACGUCCGUUGAUCCCCAGGAGGAUGUCCCCUGCCCCACCUGCUCCUCGUCCUCUGACUCAGAACUUUAGG